GCUGCGGCCAGACGCCAUCAUCUUCUCACUCUCACUGACACAAACGCACUUCCUCUCUCCUGUCCCGUCCUGAGCCGUUCUUGAUUCUAUCCUUUUUUGUCCGACCCUUUUCCCUCUUUCCCCCUCCCCCCCUCGAUCGUUCCGCCUGUUUGGCUUCAUUCCCCGCUGGUCAAUUGUGACCUUCCUUCGUUCCUCUGGUCUCCUCUUCACUUUCUCUUCACCUCCCCUUGCCGCUCGUUUCUCUCUCUUCGUCUCCCGGAGUCGCCGCCUCGCACCAUGCGCUUCCUCCAUGGUGCUCUCCAUGGGGCCCUGCUUUUGAACGCCGCUCUCUUCGGCCAUGUUACCUAUGCUAUCGAUAUCGAUAUCAACAGUGAAUCAUCUAUAAAGGCUGCGGCUAGCCAGUCUGCACACGGGUCGAUGACAUGGUACCACGGCAACGAAACUGGUCAAAUUCCUGGUGCCUUCCCCACCAAAUGGUGGGAAGGCAGUGCUCUGUUCAUGAGUCUGCUUCUAUACUAUUUCUACACCGGGGACACCACCUACAACGAUGAGAUUCGCAAAGGCAUGCAGUGGCAAGCGGGGGAUUGUGAUUACAUGCCGUCCAACUACAGUAGUUAUCUGGGUAACGACGAUCAAAUGUUCUGGGGUCUCGCAGCCAUGACCGCCGCUGAAAUCAACUUCGCCGAUUCGACCGACGGAUAUUCCUGGCUUGCUCUCGCUCAGGGAGUAUACAACACGCAGGUCGCUCGCUGGGACUCGUCGAAUUGUGGAGGUGGUCUACGCUGGCAAAUUUGGCCAUACGAAGCUGGUUACAACAUGAAGAACUCCAUCUCGAACGGAGGAUUGUUUCAGCUGGCCGCCCGUCUCGCCCGCUACACGAACAAUGAUACGUAUGCCGAUUGGGCCGAGAAGAUCUUCGAUUGGUCAGCCUCCGUCCCUCUCUUGAACAAUGAAACCUGGAACGUCGCGGACUCGACCGAUAUCGAUAAUGGAUGCACAACGCAGGGAAACAACCAGUGGUCCUACAACUAUGGAGCAUAUCUGAUGGGCGCCGCAUACAUGUACAACUACACGGGCAAGGCCAAAUGGAAGACCGCCGUGGAUGGCCUUUUGAACGUGACUCUGACUACAUUCUUUCCGGCUAAAUAUGGCGGCAAUAUUAUGUCCGAGGAACUUUGCGAACCCUUGGAGGUUUGUAACGAUAACGAAAUUCUCUUCAAGGGCCUGGUUAGCGGUUGGCUCGGAUUUGUGGCUUUGGUCGUUCCCUCGACGUACGACCAGAUCUUGCCGAAGUUGCAGGGCUCCGCCGAGGCCGCUGCGGCCUCCUGCAGCGGCAUGAAUAACAACACUUGUGGCGUGCGGUGGUAUCCGAAGAAGUGGGAUGGUUGGAAUGGAAUGGAGGAAGAAAUCGCCGUCACCAAUAUCCUUUCCUCUGCCCUCAUCACUUCCAAGAAGACCGGCCCGGUGACCUCUGAUACGGGUGGCAACAGUACAAGUAAUCCGAAUGCCGGUAAAGGCGACACCACCGGUGAUAAGACUACCAGCCGGGCGAUCACCGCCGGUGACAAGGCGGGUGCAUCUAUUUUGACGAUUGUUUUUGUUGGUGCCUGGGGUGGCAUGAUUGCUUGGAUGCUCUUCGGAGGUUAGGUUUCAGCCCCGCACGACUUAAUAUUGCGGCUUCUAUAUACCACGUGGUGGUCAUUUGCCACUCUUACAUAUUCAUCUUCUGCUUUGUUUUCGAGGGCUGCUCUCUCUCUUCUUUGGUUUAUAUUCCCGCUGGGUUCGAUGAUCGGGUACAUAAUGUUUUAUUGAAAGGCGUAAUGUCUAUAGGUCUUGUGGAAUCUGUCUUGGGAAGCCUUGGCCGGUCAAAUAUAUGACUGUAUAUAUAGAAGUGUUAAUUCAGUAUACCUGAGGUGGUCACCAACCUGUCUUCCUUACUCCCCGUCAGUCCCUCCCUGAAGGGUGGUGGAUUAUAUAAUGACACGAACUGCGGAGGAGUGGGGCUGACCUAAUCGACGCUGAUUGGACCAAGUGGUUAGGGCGGC